AUGAUAGACGGUGUGACGUUGGACGGGGAAAAGGUUACACCUGUCUACAAAUUGGAGGAGAUUUGUGAAUUGCCGUCGUCCCACGUUUUAGUUGUCAAGGAAGUUUCUGAAUUUACCCUCAAACGUUUGCAGAACAAAUCCCCCAUCGUCAAACAGAAGAUAUGCACUAUUGGGAGUGCUUUCUUCAAAGGUAUUAAGCUGACGAGCUUGAGCCAAAAUGUUAAUUGUGAUUUUGCACCUUUGGGAAUGCUUGAUCCAAACUGCAUUGAGGGCGAUCAAGUAUGCAGUGGGAAAGUCAGGUGCAGGCUACCAAAGGAGAUGCAAAGGAAUUUGGUGGCUGUACGUCAGUUAAUUCACUACAAGAGCCACCCGGGUCCUCUGAAGGGUGAUGCAUUGAAUCAGGCUGUCCGAGAAACAGCACAGGAAGCAUUAUCUGCCAUAUUUGCUUCCGAUGACAACAAAUCUGCAACCGUGGAAAAUAUUCUUGGUAGUCGAAUAUAA